UUCAAGUGUGCACACGAGACGCGCUCCAUUCUCGAGAUCAGUUAACAAAAAAUAAAACAAACACCAAAGGAAUUACCCAUUAGUAGAAUCGGUUCUUCACGGCAAUAUGCUGUCAACAAUGAGCUCUUUCACCGCCCACCUAUUGUUGCUAUUAUUUGGGUUCCUGCUGUUAACUCAUCACUGUGUCCAAGGUCAGGCGAAUAAAGUGUCCUCCAAGUUGGAUUUCGAUGAGAGCGGCAACAAUCAGACGGGUUCUCCCGGUCAACAGGGGCAGGUUAGUGGAGCCGGCAAUGGGAAUUACGACCCGGGAACGGGACGCAGUUUGAGCGGAGGGGCCAGUAAUUCGGGGAAUUCAGCUGGAGGUGGAACAACCUCCGGCGGGGGAAAUCGCCCCAAGAUCCACGGAGUACGGGUCACCGUCGAUACAGGCGAUGGACAGCAGCAAACGAAAGAGUCGAAGGAGAGUGUGGAAAUUACGGACUUGGGGAAGCACAAGAAGCGUGUGGGCAUCCACACGGACAUCACGUUCGAAAUCACCUCCGACUCGGAUGGAAAUGAAACCAGCUCCGCUCAGCAACAAGGUGACAAGGAGGACGCCAGUGUGCCCAUUUACAAGGGACGCGGCGGCAGCGAUUCGAGGCACAAGUCUCGCAAACCCUACGACCCCAAAUCCCAAUGGAACCCCAAUUUCUCGGCCGAGCAGCAUGGCUACCAGGGAAGCAACCAAGGUGGCUACCAGGGUUCCAAUCGCGGUGAAUACUAUCCGCAGUAUUAUCCCCAAAACGUUUACACCGGCGGGAAUUCCGAUGCGGGCAGCAUCUACAGAAACGGGGAAACCUGGACGCACUACGUCCCAGUUUGGACCACGGAGCGGGUGCCCCAGGAGCAGGGACAGCUCUACCGGCGACACAGUUGGAAACCCUGUUACUGCAUGUCAUCCGCGGAUUUCAGGCGUCGACGGGACAGCAAAGCCAAGAGAGAUCCUGGUGUAAUCAACAGUGGUGUCCUCCAGGUUGAUGGAAAACUGGAGAGACCCUUCUCCUGAGAAAAAUCUGUCGCUUAAC